GGUCGAACUGGGAAGCACACCGGUACUAACCAAUCCACACAGUGAAGAAUCAAAGAGUUAACGAACGACCGAAAUAUAGGCCUCUAUCCCUGGAAAUAUAGUAACGCUGUGCAAUGAGACUCUGCCACGUUAAGCUUGAUUUUUCACUCUACUUUCAUCACUAUAUGCGGUAUGCUAAACCAACCCUUUUUGCGAGGGUUUUCACUUUCCAAUUUAUACCCACCUUACCAAAUGUAAAGGGUCUUUUCAAUUUAUCUCAAUUCUUCAUUUCUAUCAUCCGCAUCUGAGUUUCAACCAUCUCUGAACUUCCAACAAAGAGAUGGGUAGCGUUGAUGGUGGAUGGGAUGAUGAUGAAUACUCUGUAAUUGGAGGAAAAGGUGAAAUUGGGUUCAUUGAUUAUCAGGAUGACAAAUCUGUUUGCAGUUAUAACCCAAUUGAAGAGAGUCCUAUCGUCAUUUCCAUCCCAUUUCCCUUUGUUGAUGGGAAACCUCGGUCGGUAUUUCUUGGAGAAACUGCUACAGAUUCAGUAACUAUUAGGAAUACCACUGAUGAAGCUGUUGAUUUAUGGACCAAAAUUUAUGCCUCCAAUCCUGAAGAUUCUUUUACACUUUCUCUAAUGGAGCCAACAUCAGUAAAUGGUGGGAACAACAGUCAGGAUUUCUUAGAGUCUUAUAGUCUAGAGGAUAGAAUGCUUCAACCUAAUGAAACAUUAACCAUCUGGCUAAAUUGCAAACCGAAAGAAAUAGGACUAUACACUUCAGUUGUGCAUUUUGAUGCUGGAGAUGAUAGAAUUGAACGGGUGGUUUUCCUAUUGGCUGAAGAUAAGAUAUCCAGGUCUUUGGCUUCAAAAAGGCCAUAUUCAAAAUCUACAAGAAAGAAGCAAUUCACUGUGGACACAUUUGUUGCAGGUUCACGUCCUUUGAGGGCAGUAGGCCGUCCAUCCAAAAAUAGACUUCCUCGUUAUGAUAUUCCUAAACAAGUUAGAGAAUCGAUUGAGAGCAAGCAGACCCCUGAUGCUAUUACAGAAGGUCUAAUAAGGGGGAAUUAUGCUAUUUACUUCAAAACAUUGUUGAUGAUGGAGGAAAUACAAAUGGAGGAAGACAUGAGAACUUAUGACAUGGAGAAUGUUGGGAUGAGGAAGGAGAGGGGGGAUUUUCUGUCCCUCGUGGUCCCAGGCCUUGCUGAGCGGAGACCUUCACUUGUCCAUGGAGAUUUCAUCUUUGCUAAGCUUGCAAAUUCUGAUGAAGCAACCCCUCCGUAUCAGGGCUUUGUUCACCGUGUUGAGGCUGAUGAAGUUUAUUUAAAGUUUGCCCCUCAAUUUCACUCUGGCAAUUUCAGUGGGAAUCUGUAUGAUGUACACUUUACAUAUAAUCGGCUCAAUGUGAGAAGGCAGUAUCAGGCUGUAGAUGCAGCUGAAAAUUUAAAGACAGAGUUCUUAUUUCCAUCUGAUUGCUCUGAAAAUAGGCUUAUUGAAACUACUCCUCUGGUGCCCAUUACUUAUAAUCUCAAUGAAGAGCAGAUGUCUUCGGUUGAGAUGAUCCUUGGCUGCAAAGGAGGUCCCCCUUAUGUCAUUUAUGGGCCACCUGGUACUGGUAAAACUAUGACAAUAGUGGAAGCAAUCCUCCAGCUCUACAAAAAUCGAAAAGAUACCCGGAUUCUUGUGUGUGCACCUUCAAAUAGCGCAGCAGAUCACUUGCUAGAGAAAAUUCUAUGUGAGAAUGCUGUUAAUAUUCGAGAAAAUGAAGUAUUCAGACUCAAUGCAACUUCCCGACCAUUAGAUGAUGUAAAAUCUGAAUAUAAAAGGUUUUGUUUUUUUGAUGAGUUCCUCUUCAAAUGUCCUCCACUCUGUGCUCUCACACGCUAUAGGAUCAUAAUAUCAACUUAUAUGAGUGCCUCAUUUCUUUAUGGAGAGGGUGUUGAGCGUGGUCACUUUUCUCAUAUUUUCCUUGAUGAGGCUGGGCAAGCUUCAGAGCCAGAAAGCAUGGUCCCUAUAUCUAAUCUCAGCCAGAGGGAUACAGUUGUUGUUCUUGCUGGAGACCCCAUGCAGUUGGGUCCUGUAAUAUACUCUAAAUAUGCAGAGAAUUUCGGACUAGGAAAAUCAUACUUGGAAAGGCUCUUUGAAUGUGAUUAUUACUGCAAUGGAGAUGAAAAUUAUGUAACAAAACUGGUUAGGAACUACCGAUGUCACCCACAUAUUUUGCAUCUCCCUUCAAACCUGUUCUAUGGAGGGGAAUUGAUUGCAAGCAAAGAGUCUACAGAUGAUACAAAUUCCUUAAUGUCUUUGGUGAAUCUCCUUCCGGGCAGGAACUUUCCUGUUCUCUUCUUUGGUGUACAAGGCUGUGAUGAGAGGGAAGGAAAUAAUCCAUCAUGGUUUAACCGCAUUGAAGUAAGCAAGGUAGUAGAUGUUGUAAACAAACUGAUUUGUGCAGGAGAUAUGAAUGAAGCUGAUAUUGGGGUCAUCACACCUUAUAAGCAGCAAGUACUCAAACUAAAGAAGGUCUUUGAUGAUUUGGAUAUCCCUGACAUCAAAGUUGGCAGUGUUGAACAAUUUCAAGGGCAAGAAAGGAAAGUUAUUGUUGUAUCAACUGUCAGAUCGACAAUCAAACACAAUGAGUUUGACCGAAGACAUUGUUUGGGUUUUUUGAGCAAUCCAAGAAGGUUUAAUGUGGCUAUUACCCGUGCUAUGUCGUUGCUUAUCAUUAUUGGGAAUCCACACAUUAUCAGUAAGGACCCUUACUGGAAUCAGCUUUUGUGGUAUUGUGUAGACAACGACUCCUAUCAAGGUUGUGGUCUCCCAGAAAGACAGGAUCCUCUUGAUGAAUCUCAAGAGCAGGAGGACUGUGUCAACAGUAACUAUGGUGUAGAAAACCCUCAGCCCUCCGAAGAGGCUGGAUGGGGUGAAGACUCAUAUCGAACAGAAAUUUCAAAACCUGUGGAUGAAGCAGAGUGGUCCGAUGGUUGGAAGUCAUAGAUGUGCAGUCUUUUUGUUCACAGAAGUUAAAGCAACGGGAAUGCUUAUUCUCAUUUUAUUUUAGUUUGAUCCUUAGAUAGAUAAGAUGUUCCUAUGUACUCGAUAAUGGAAUCUCGGUUGGCUCAAGGAAUCAAGUUGUCCAGCCAAUUUCAAAUCUAACAGUUGUUUUUGCCGUGAAUUUUGAUGAAUCAUUCUCUAUGUUGCUGAGAAUUAACUACAAUUUCACUUGUAGCGUAUGGUGAUAUAAUGCCAUUCUAAACACUUGAUAGGGAAAAAAAAUGUAUCAUAUAAGCAAAUAUUGCUGUAUGCACAUUGAGAUGCUCUUAACUUUUGCUUGAAACUGUA